UACUACACUACAACCUACAGGAGCACACUCCACUUACAGCUGGCAACUUAACCUAUCGUUGCCAUGUAUCACCUUCGCUUUCAAUUUUAAAUAAUAUAUUGCAUGCAUGACCUCCCUCACCUCAGUAUAACCAACGGAGCAAUGGAGGGAGGUGUUGUGGACAAUAUCAUCCUCCUGGCUGACUCAUACAAGGUCACCCACCAUUGCCAGUAUCCCCCGGGCACCACCUCCAUCUACUCUUACUUUGAGUCUCGGGGAGGCAGGUUCCCCUACACAGUGUUCUUUGGGCUCCAGUACAUUCUCAAGAGAUGGCUUCAGGGUCCUGUGCUGACCAAGGAGAUGAUUCAAGAAGCCAAAGAGCUAAUCAAAGUCCACAUGAGGGACAGAGAUGAUAUCUUCAAUGAGGAGGGUUGGAAUUACAUUUUGGAGAGGCAUGGUGGGCGGUUACCUAUCCGGGUGUGUGCUGUGCCUGAAGGGAGUGUUGUGCCCACCAAGAAUGUACUCUUCACCGUUGAGAACACAGACCCCAUGGUGCCCUGGAUCACAAACUUCUUUGAGACAAUCUUCGUGCAAGUAUGGUAUCCACUGACUGUGGCAACAAACUCGCGCAUUCAGAAACAAGUGCUGCACCACUACCUUAAAGAAACUCAUGAAAAUUUGGAUCCCUUGCCUUUUUCUUUACAUGACUUUGGGUACCGAGGAUCAACCUCUGUGGAGAGUGCAGCUCUUGGAGGUGCAGCUCAUCUGGUCAACUUUCAGGGAACAGACACUGUAGCAGCAUUGUCUCUGCUCAGAAAGUUUUACCAGUGUCCCAUGGCAGGUUUCUCCAUCCCUGCCUCUGAACACUCCACCAUCACCACUUGGGGUCAGCAGGGUGAGGUUGAUGCCUGUCGCAAUAUGCUGGAGUCUUUCCCUGAAGGUAUUGUUGCUUGUGUAAGUGAUUCAUAUGACAUUUGGAAUUGCUGUGAAAAGAUCUGGGGAGAAGAACUGCGAGAUUUAAUUAUUAAAAGAGGCAAGACUGGAGGAACUCUGAUAGUGAGACCAGACAGUGGAGAUCCUCCAGCCGUGGUACUCAAGUGUUUACAAAUCCUUGGUAAAGCAUUUGGAGUCACAACAAAUAAGAAAGGAUUCAAGAUGCUUCCUCCAUACCUCAAAGUGAUCCAGGGGGAUGGAAUAUCUUACAGAAUGAUUGCCACUAUUCUGGAACACCUGAAGCAACAUGGAUGGUCAGCUGCUAAUGUUAGCUUUGGCAGUGGAGGUGCACUCCUCCAAAAGGUAAAUCGAGACACACAGAAGUGUGCUUAUAAAUGUAGUCAUGCAGUGAUCAAUGGUGAGGGAGUGGAUGUGUUCAAGCAGCCUGUGACAGAUCCAGGCAAGACUAGCAAGAAGGGCCGUCUCUCACUCAUUCACACUGCUGAUGGCUCCUUUUCUACAGUCAGGGCAGAGGAAGCAGAUCCUAAGCUGAAUCUACUAGUUCCUGUGUUUGAGAAUGGAGAGCUGCUGCGGGACUAUACCCUAGAAGAGAUCAGGAUGAGAGCAGAGUUGAGUCCUCAAGAUUUUGAUGUGAUGAAAUUUCUGAGUGAAAAUCAGACGUAAAUAGGCACAUUAGAUGUGAAGUCCUUGACAUAGAGACAACAAACACUCAUUUAUUUUGUCAUAGCAUGCAUGUAAGCAUUUAAGUGCCCUUCCAGUAGUAUGAAGGUUACACUUGUGCUUUCCAAAGCAAUGAGAAAUAUAUGAGUUUUAUUUCUCAACUGCCAUCCAGUGUAAAUAAUGUUUGUUUUUUAGGCCAGUACUUUUCAUCUUUCACCAUUUCAUAUAAGUGCAUAAAACUGAUAUUGAAUUAUCAAUUCUAUUUACAUAAAAAUAUAUAAAUGUAUUGGUCAUAUACUUUGUGAUAAUAAGUCAUUGUGGAUGGAAUAAUGCCUUUUUUUUCUAUCAUUGUAAUGACUUAACAUUGUUAUUAUCUUUAAACUUUAGGUGGUCAUUGUGCAAUCUGAUGUGAAGUACAAGAAUGGAACAUAAUGAUAUAUAGUUUGUUAAGUAUAAACACAUUUCUAAUAAUUGCAUUACUGCUGCUGAUCAUGAUAUUAGAAUGUGGUGGUGUUUGGGCUUCCCUCACAUGAGGUCUGGCAUCAAUACACCUGUUGUAUAGGUGCUGAGAGACUGGUAUUCCAAAAGGUCAGAAGACUUGAUUAUUACCACCUAACCACACCUCAACACAAGCUCCCCCCCACAACCCACCCACUAUGUACUCAGGAUCUUCACAAUAUCUUUGGAAUAUUAAUAUACCAUGACCUCAAUGUCCUUGUAUAUUUUCUUAUUUUGUUAUACUGAUUUUUGCACAUUAGAUAGCAACAUAGGUUUGGUCUGUCUUUUGUAAUGCCUGGGUGGUGUUUUGUAUUACAUGCUCCCUUUCAAUGUAAAUUGUGUAUGAUUGUAGCAUGGAAGUGACAAGAGUGUAAUACAAUGAAAAUAAAUCUUGAAUUGCUUUGCAUCCAUGCAAUCAAGAUUUUAUUUGCUAUUUUUCAUAAAUAUCAAUUAUUCAUUAUAAGAUUAAGAAAAGAUUAUUGUUAAUCUACAAGACAACAAAAUAUAUUAUGUAGCAUUUUCAAAUUGUUGGUGACAAAUGUUAUAUGUCACAUGGCAUAACACUUGUCAAGUACUGCACUAAAAGUCUGUACUACACAGAAAGCAUUGCCCUUACUAAAGUACCAUCCCCAUUUUUGAGCCUCAACUGUCCUGCCACUAUAAUUUUGACAUAUAAUUUAAUGCCAAAUUUAUGUUGAUCAAACAGUUUAACAAAAAUUAAAAAUACUUCCCAUGUAAUACUUGUUGAGAGACAGUGUCAGCCUGUGUACCACAUAUUCCAAAGUUACAUGAUUAAAACACUUCUCUGUUCCUUAUUAAUAAACAAAUAUUGAUGUAAGAUAUUCUCUCUCUCUCUCUCUCUCUCUCUCUCUCUCUCUCUCUCUCUCUCUCUCUCUCUCUCUCUCAUAUAAAACACUUUUCCUGUGCAGUUUUGCUGUACAAUUUUCACCAGGGUUGUGAGAAUGGCGAGGUCUUGCCUUCCAGUCCUGCCACUCAUUGUUCAUCUUGUUAUGUUUGUAACUGAUAUGAUUGCCCUUCAAAGUGACAAAUGCUAGGAAGGUGCAUUAUUUUUGUCAAUAAUAAAAUUUACUUUAUUA